AUGGCCGCCCUCCCCUUACUUUCCCAACAAAACACCCUCAUCGGACUGGUAUGCGUCGUCCUGCUCGUGUUUCUGGGUCGCAGAGUACACAGCGUGUAUUUCGGUCCUCUUGCCAAAUUCCCCGGUCCCAAACUCGCCGCUGCGACUCUAUGGUACGAGUUUUACUUCGACGUGAUCCUAAAGGGACGUUACACCUUCAAGAUCAAGGAGCUGCACGAGAAAUAUGGCCCCAUCAUUCGGAUCAGUCCGUACGAGCUCCACAUCGACGAGCCUGACUACUAUGAAGAGCUUUACUCGCAGCACAAACCGCGCAACAAGUCGGUCUUCUACCUCAAUCAAUUCGGCCUUCCGGGUUCUAGCUUUGGAACGGCAGAUUACAGGUUGCACCGUGCACGCCGCGCCGCGCUCAAUCCAUUCUUCUCCAAGCAGACAAUAGCACGCCUUCAGCCUAUGCUUACCUUCAUGAUCGAGAAGCUCUGCGGUCGCAUCGAAGAGUUUCGGAAGUUAGGGCAACCGAUGUCGAUGCGUCGGGUCUACAUGUGUUUGACGACCGACGUCGUUACUCUGUACACAUUAAAUCGCAGCUGGAAUCAUUUGGAUAGUCCUGAUUUCUCCCCUGUCUGGGUGGAGACGAUCAAGGCGACAGGUGCAGCGGGACAUACAAUGAAGCAAUUUCCAUGGAUUUUCCCUCUUAUUCGAGCUCUUCCUCGAAGCGUUGUUGGUGCAAUGAAUCCCGGAAUGCUCCUGCUGCUGGAUUUUCAACAAAGAAUCAAAGAAGACACGCAAAAUGUCGUCGAUGGAGUUUACAAACCGCGCCAAGAGCAAUAUGAACUCGGCCUCGACAGGACUAUUUUUCAUGCCCUUUUAGAGUCGGACCUCCCAUCGGAAGAGAAGCUACAGUCGCGCUUGUGGCAGGAAGGACAGGUUGUGAUUGGUGCAGGGGCAGACACUCCAGCUAAUGCCCUGACUAUCACCCAUUUUCAUAUCCUCGACAACCCGGAUGUCCACAAGCGGCUACAGGCCGAACUUGAGGAAGCUCUGCCAAACAAAUAUGCGCCAGUAGAGUUGCGAGUUGUAGAGCAACUGCCUUACCUUAAUGCGGUCCUCAAGGAAGGCUUGAGAUUCUCCUACGGCGUCAGCAGUCGUCUUCAACGUUCACAUCCAACAGAGGUGAUGAGAUUCCAUGAAUGGGAGAUACCACCUGGCACCCCUGUCGGCAUGACCUCUGUACAUGUCCAUCAGAACGAGACUAUCUUCCCUGAGCCACACAAAUUCAAGCCUGAGCGGUGGCUCGAAAAGCGGCCUGAAGCUUCGCCACCCCUCGACCGGUAUCUCGUCUCAUUUACAAAGGGAUCUAGGCAGUGUGUGGGGAUGCAUCUUGCCAAAGCUGAGCUGCGCUUGGCGAUCGCGACAGUCAUUCGGCGCUACGACAGACAGGAGCUGUUCGAGACGACUAGAGCUGAUGUCGACAUUCAGCACGACCUCUUUUUGCCACAAGCUGCUCUGGACAGCAAAGGCGUUCGUGUUCUCUUCAAAUGA